AUGGCAAUGGUUUCUAGAAUGGAUCAGUACGAUAUCAUGGAACAGAUCGGUCGUGGUGCAUUUGGUGCUGCGAUUCUCGUUAAUCACAAGCUGGAGAAGAAAAGAUACGUGUUGAAGAAAAUUAGGCUUGCCCGGCAAACCCAACGGUGUAGAAAAUCUGCUGAUCAUGAGAUGGAUCUUAUUGCUCGGAUUAAGCACCCUUACAUUGUGGAAUUCAAGGAGGCUUGGGUUGACAAGGGUUGCUUUGUCUGCAUUGUUACUGGAUAUUGUGAAGGUGGAGACAUAGCAGCAUUGAUGAAAAAAUCAAAUGGGGUUUACUUUCCUGAGGAGAAACUCUGCAAAUGGAUUACUCAAUUACUGUUGGCAGUAGAGUACCUGCAUUCAAAAUUUGUUUUACACCGUGACCUAAAGUGUUCUAACAUCUUUCUCACCAAGGAUCAUGAUGUUCGCCUGGGGGACUUUGGGCUUGCUAAGACACUAAAAGCGGAUGAUUUGACUUCUUCGGUCGUUGGAACUCCCAACUACAUGUGCCCUGAACUGUUUGCCGAUAUUCCUUAUGGAUUCAAAUCUGAUAUUUGGUCACUAGGGUGUUGUAUAUAUGAGAUGGCUGCUCACCGCCCUGCUUUCAAAGCUUUUGAUAUGGGCGGAUUGAUAAGCAAGAUAAACCGUCCCUCUAUUGGUGCUUUGCCUCCCUGUUAUUCCCCAUCCUUGAAAAUACUGAUAAAAGGGAUGCUGAGGAAAAACCCUGAGCACCGUCCAACAGCAUCCGAAAUCUUAAAGCACCCUUAUUUGCAGCCUUAUGUACAUCAAUAUUGUUCACCUCUCUGUCCUCCAGCAGCAGCCUCUUUUCCUGAAAAGCCAAUUUCUGUUGUCCAUGAUCCUCGAAAAAAUAUGGUACAAAGUGAAAACAGCAAUAGUUUGAGAGGUGGCAAAGGUAAUUUGAUGUUAAAUGAGCGAAACAUUGCAAAAGCUGCACCAAAGGGUGAUGACAAAAUCACCGAGGUAGACAUCGCAUUGACUGAUGAUGAUGGGUCUGAGCUUCUAAUGCAUGCUGGAGAACGAAAUAGAUCCAGCAAUUUCAAUGCCAAAACCGAUAAACAGGAGGUUACGAAGAAACCUCACAUUGAACACCAUUCUAAUGCUGGAUCUAGGCAACCAAAAACAACUAAGAAUGUAAUGAUGGCACCAAAACAUGAAAAAGUUAGAGAGACAAUCCAUCCAAUGAGAGGCAAUGGGGUGAUGGCCAGUGGUACAUCAAUACACAAAAUAAAUAACGAGACAUUGUCUAAAUUGCCCAGACCUGAUUUUGGUGUUACUGGUUUGAAGUGUAAUUUAUAUGUGCCAACUAUUGCACCUUCAAAAGCAACCCUUAAUCAUGCAAAACAAAUCCAGGGGUCUCAUGCUUCUAAACAUCAGCAGUUACCAAUGGAAUCUACACCUAAAACAAAACCUCGACAUAAGGUAACAUUGCCAUCUGGUCCUAUGAAACAAGUAGUAGCAGAAGGUGGAGCUCCUGGAAGGCCAAAACAAAAAACUCCUCCAAGUCUUCUUAAGACACCCUCGUGUCUGAGAAGUAUAAGGCUGGCUGAAAAUGAUAUCCCAAAUGCAGCAAAGGAUACAGGAAGGUUAGAUCCAAAUAAAAUAGCUCAGGAGUCUAAGAUGGUCCAUCAUCAGCUGACUAAUAGUCAUCCACCACAUGCUUCUAGAGAGCCUUUGAAGGCUAUUGAAAGUAGCACCAAAGGAUUGCAAACAGACAGCAGCAAAUCUGUCUCAUCAUCAGUCUCUUUUCAAGGAUCCGAACUUUCUGACUUUGCAACCACUUAUAUUGAUAUGAGUGAGCCAACACUUCCUGAACAUGAGAGUUUUAAUCUCACUGAAAAAAUGAAAUCGCGUCCAGACAUCAGUGGACCUGCUGAAAAUUUGUCUGGUGAAACCUCUACCUUUACAUCAAAUUUUCAGAGUUCCAUUACUAUUAAUGAGAACUUAAGUCCCAGGUUAACUCUGGAUCACUCAGAUCAACAUUCUGAGGUAAUGUAUGCUUCUGAUGACAUUUUUCUCAUAAAUCUAACAACUAAAUCUGCUGCCUGUGAGUCCGAUGGUCCCUCUGCCGAAGUCAAACAAGAAAUCAAAUCCCUUCAAGAUAUUUCUGAGGGAAUAGCUUCAAUCAAUUCUCUCGAUUCACUUACCAUUUCUGAAGAAAAGUCUGUUUGUGAAGUUAGUCUAGUAAGUGUGUCAAAUAAUAAGCCUCAUAAUUUUCACGAGCCGAAACUUAUGGGCAUAUUGACUCAUGAUGACAAAUUCAAGGUGAGGGAAAGAAUGUCAUCAGUGGCUGAAACUGCUCCUCUGGUUAUAUCUAACAAAAUUUCAAGCCAAAAAGGUUUACAAGAAGAGAAGGAAAUGUUUCUACAGGAUCUAGAAACUGAAAGGCCAGCGUCUGGCCAUCUUCCCCCAGCUCUUCAUGAUGUCAUCCAUGUUAUACGCCAUACCAGUUACCAUAUGGGAAGUGAGCUUUCAGUAAUGGAAUCAAUGGAGAUGGGAGCUACAGAUGUACAUGUUGGUAAACUUAUCAAAAUUAUAAAGGAUGAUUUAGAAAUAAGAAACGCCGGAACUCUAUGGUCCCUUAAAUCUUCAAAUUGCUCUGAACCUACCACUGAUAAUUUGGGAAUCAGAAACUUGAGCUUGAAGUCAAGUAUUUUUGACCAUCCUGGUGUUGAAAAGAAAGAUGCAAACAAUCCUGCUUCUCUAGUUUCAAAACCUGAUUCCACUAAAUAUACCAAAUAUAGCCCUCCAACAUCCGAAGAGGAAAUGCCAGAAAAAGAAUCUUUGGAUGUUAAAUCUUCCAAGCAGAGAGCUGAGGCACUUGAGGGCCUAUUAGAAUUGUGUGCAGAUUUGCUGCAGCAAAAUAGAUUGGAGGAACUUGCAGUUGUUCUGAAACCCUUUGGAAAAGAUAAGGUGUCCUCAAGGGAGACAGCUAUUUGGUUGGCCAAAAGUCUAAAAGGAUUGAUGUUUGAGGAAAGUGGGAGUCGUAGUUAA